AUGAAAAACAGUGGAGAUCUCAAACUUGCACAUGAAGAUUCAAUAUCAAUACUCCAAGCUGUGGAAGUUGACAGGAUUAUUGCACUACCGGAUGAGAUUCUCUGUCAUAUACUCUCUUUCCUUAUCCCGUUAUGUUCUGUCCGGAGCACCGUUUUGUCUAAGAGAUGGAACAAGUUGUGGACUUGUUGUAUUACCAACCUUGAUUUCGACAUAAAAGAUUUCAGUUCAUCAUAUGAGAGUAACUAUCACAUUUUCGUCAGGUUCGUUGAUCAGGUGUUGGCCUUUCGCGACUCUUCAUUAGACAUCACAAGAUUUCGAGUUGCCUGGGAGGAUUGUGAAGAUUUCUCUAUUAUUGAUCGAUGGAUACAGGUCGCCGUCAACGCUAAUGUUGUUGAUCUUGAUGUUUCUAGCUAUGUGUAUCCUUUCGAAUUGCCUUCAUGUGUUUAUACCUGCAAAUCACUGGUGUCUUUGAAGGUGAAGUCAGAUUAUCUUACAUUUUAUUCUCUUCCUAAGACAGGUAGUUGUUUCCCAAAUCUCAAGUUCCUUCAUUAUAUUUCUGGUUAUGAUUUCGACUGUGCCUCUGGGGCAAAUCUUUUCCGCAGCUGCCCUAUACUCGAAGAGUUGACUAUAGAAGCACAUCAUAAGAAACGUGUUUUGAAUUUCGACAUCUCUGCACCUGAAUUGAGGACACUAACCACAAUCAUGAAGAAGAUGAAUAAAAGAGAACAUUAUGAAGAAGAUGAAUUUGAGGAAGAUUAUGAAGAAGAUUAUAGGAUAGACCCCUGCAAUUUCUUUAUCGAUGCACCUAAACUUGAAAAUCUUUGUGUUAAGGGAGAGGUUAUGUCAAAGUAUAAUUGGAAGAACACAAGCUCUUUGGUUCAAGCCAGAGUUCAACUCCAAGUGUUCAAUGAAGCUUCCGCUUGUUGUCUACAACCAGAAGAGCAAAACACUUGA